ACCUCCAUUUACUGUGAACAAUUGUUCUGUUACAAUUUCAAUGCCAGUUGCCUUAUUCAAACAACAAAGUAGAACUUGACUCACACAACAUCAUGGCUCAAGUGUUUGAAACACUCCUUGGUUUGAUGACACAUAUUGUGCAAAAAAGAUUAAUAUUUAACUCUCAAAUGAAACAGUAAAAUAAAUAGUUUCUAUGAAACCACUGUUGUGUUACUGAUCUUCAGUGACUAAAAGUUUGACCUAUGAUAAUUCAAGUUUCACAACAGGUACAUUGCUUUGGUUUUAAUAUUUGUAAGCUUAUCUACAAAGCUAUACUACAGUAAUAGUGACCUGGCACUGUCAUUUUUAAAUUGGCCACUUGAUGAUGCAAUUUCUCUGUUGAGUGCUCCUUUCCAUGUUACAAUCAAUAACAGGUCAGAGUAGAUGUUUGUGGUGUUCAUAUACUCUUUUUUUUAAAAAGUUUCACAUUUGUUGCUGUUAUCUUGUUUUGGUGUUCAUAAUUGGUGAGUUCAAGUUUUAAUUAAGGUAAUAACAGAAAUGUAUUUUAAAAGACAUCUCAAAGCCUCAGCAGGUAGAAACUUUAUACAGUAUAGAUGAAUGAUUAGUUUGAUGCGUUCAAAGCACAAAAUAAAAUAACCUCUUCCCUGCUUCCUUAUUUCCAGUGACAUUCCUUAGAUCACACCAAACUCUCCUCAGACUUUGCCUUCAUGUGGUCUCAGCUUCACUCAUGUAAAGUUUAGUUAUACAUGUUGCACUGUUUUGAUACUCACGGUAUCACAUUCUGCCCUCAGACAGACAAAUACACACCUGGAGAAGUAUUCAGAGCUGUUUCUGUGGUUGUUUGGCAGCAGUAGGUGUCUGCAGAGGUCAGUACUAGGAAGCAGGAUUCGGAGUUAGCAAGAAAACAUCAGGAUUAAUUCUGAGUUUUCAGAAGUAUGAAGCUGGUUCACUUUUUACUGCAAUAAAUCAGUGUGGUAACUUGUGCUGAGCAGCUAACCUGUUCCACAGCAGGAUAACUUGAGGGUAUCUGAUAACAACCUGUCAACACCACAACCUCUGACCAGUUACAUCACAAAAAGUCUCAUAACAUCAACAAAAGUCGUUUAUACUGUUUCUAUGGCGUUAGUAGAAUAUUGUUAUUGUUCCAUCCUUUCUAUAUCCACUGGUUUUAAAACGGAGAAACAGAAAGAUUUACAACAACACAAACAUGGUGAUGAUUUAGCUGCAUUUUAAUUCUUCAAAGCUUAUUUUAGUGAUAUCUGACAGUGUGGCUGAUUUUGCACUCAUCACUGCAGCUCAGAAUAACAGGAGACACCUGUGUGAUGAGAGCUGGAAAUAAAAGUAUAAAAUCAGCCACACUGUCAGAUGUUAGUGCACUGAUUUAAAAAAAAAAAAAAAAACUGCAAAUGCAGCUGAAGUCAUGUGUUCAGUGUUGUAAUUCUGUUUUAAAACCAGAAAUAGAAAGCAUAAAACAAUAAAAUGAUUCUACUGACUUAAAAAAACAAUACAGGCUACUCUUUUUCCUGUCACCUGUCACUCUGGACUUUAGUCCCUGCAAAGUUCCCUUUUUUAAUGCUCUACCUCUGAGCCACAGCCACCAACCUCGCUAACUCCAAAUCCUGCUUUGUAGUACAAGCCCCAGGCCGACACAGCAGCAUAAGAAAAGUUGCAGACAACAACUACAAUACAAAUCACUACUUUUUUGAUUUGAAUGAACUGAACCUUUAAUUUAAUGAUGAUGUUGAUCUUGUUUCAGAAUGAGUUAGUUUACCUGCAGAUGAGGGGAACUCUUGGUUUUUCAUUCCAGAAAGAGAGCUAGCUUACACUCUGGGUCAGUUGCCUUGGAAAAAGUGGAAAAACUGUGUGCUUUAAGGAGUUUAUGGUGAUUGAAUAAUGUUUUGUCUGUAUUGGGGAACCCGCGUAAGACAGGAAACACAGUUUAGCAUUUCAUGUGGACGGUCUCUGGAUAUUUUGAACAACACAAAUGAGAUGGAGGGACCAGAUACGCUGAGUAAUAAAAUAUAAAAUAUUUCAGCUAGGGCCGACAGGUGUUAAGGAUUAACUGGUGGUUGAAUUAACUGAUGAUAGAAACAGAUGUGUUGUUGGCACGGCCUCUGAAAAUGGCCGACAAAGCAGGAAAUACACAUUUUAAAUAUUUCACCUCACUAUCUCAUUCAUUUGACAGUGUUUGUUGAAAUAUUAUGACAGGAACCGUUUGCUGGCCAUCAUUUUUGCUCUCAACAGCAAUACAUGAACAUAUCAGCUGCCUUUAUUACGGAAAUAUCAGUUCUUGUGUAGUGACAUAACAUGAACAAAAGUUCCCUCUCUGGAUUCAAACAAGUGACCAUUAAAAUGUGUCUGCAUCCCAGUUUCCACUAUUAUUAGCGGAGUUAACGUUCAGCCACAGGUGUCGAUUAAGCACAGGGCCAGCCAGGUGCUUACAAUUCUCAGCAUUAGUUUUGUGACAUUCUUAUGGGUAAACGCUCUAUAUGAUACAACCCAAGUGCAAAUGUGAGCGUAUUGAAGUAAAUUGUGGUCAUGCAUAUAGCCUAAUACUAUAUAAAAACCCUGAUAAAGUUAUCUAUGGCGCCAAUCAUUUCACUUUACUACACUCUUGUGUACUAUUAUCCUUAUUGUGCAUAAUUAAAGUUGACAGUCAUGUCUGAUGUGGAUGAAAAAGUAUUAAUGAAUGAUGUAGAAUAUCGGGAUAAAAGACAUUCAAGUCUGUAGCCAUUAAUAUAAAACACGAUCAGUGAUAGUAUCACAAAUUAAUCUGGGCGUAUCAGAUUAUCCACAGUGAGCUCAUUCAUCAAUACAGCCCAUGCUGCAUAACAGAAAGAAGCAACCAAAGUGGAAAGUCCCCAAAAUUGCUCCAAGCUCUGAUUUUGCUUGGCUUUUUAUUAACUUUUUUAUGUCUGCCUGUGUUUGCGACAGUUGUUGCAAAGAUCCUGUUUUUACCUUAUCCUUGCAUUUCCUGUGAAAAUGACCCAGCUUUUAGACAGACACAGACUCAGGGUGAAGAAGGCUCACUUUGCCUAUAAUAGAAAAUAAUGAAUACAACAUACAAGGAUGAUUAUGAAGAGAAUGAUUAUAAAAAAGACUGAUCAUAUAGGAGUACAAGUAUAUCAAAAUCAGUCCAAUGUGAAAAGAAUUAUCUAGGAGCAACUGAGUAUAACCAGACAUUAAUACACGAGUAGGUUAAUGAUUGAAUAUAUGAAUCUGUAUGAAUUCACAAAAGAAAAAUCAUCAAAUAUUACCAGGAAUAUAUGGCAAUUGGCAAACAAAGUAAGACUCAACCUAACUUGGGUUCCUUUAAAGCAAGAACAACAUGAGAAGUUAAUCAAAGUAAAAUACAGACUUUAUUGAACAAGCUUAACUCCAAAUUGAGUAAGUAACUUUAGGGAUUAGUUCAGAUAGUAAGGAGAGCUUAAAAGAAGUUGAAAGUUGUACCCCCUUCAACAAUUUCAAAGUACCCCUAAAAGUACACAUACCCCCAUUUGAGAAACUCUCUAUUUAUUCAGACAAUGCAUCAUUAUCCAUUCCUCCUUACAGCUUUUUUUUUUUUUAAGCAACAAUGUUAUAAAUUCUUCAUAUAGAGGUGUAAAAUGUUAAAAAUGUAUGUAAGGAUAAUGUGAUGUCACUCAGUACAUUUUCUUCUUCAGAGUCUCUUACUUGGUGACUUUUGUUUUGCAUUCCCUCCUGUUCCUGGUAGUUAUACAGUCAAAUUCUGAGUUAAAUAUUAACAGAGUCUAAAAGUCUUUUGGCUAGCAGUAUUUUGAAAACUACUUACCCAGUUACUGAUUAAACACAGCAGGUGUUUCUCAUUAGGAAGGCGAACAAUAGCACAAGCAAUGUAAGAAAGAGUCUUUUUUGCCUUUUUUGUCCUAUGUGGCUCUAUCUGAAUGACGGCUGUUGGUUCAUCAGUCUCUCUAACUAGGCAGUGUAACCAGUUUCAGUAUGAAUGGCAGUCAGGCUCAUUGUCCCACCUAUGACAAUAUAGGGUGUCAGUAUGAGGAAGGAAGACCUCCAACAAAAGCCCCCCAACAGGGUAUAUACCCUUCCCUACCACAAGGGACCCCCAGCUAUGUUGCUGUGGCUCCCAAAACAAUCAACACCCACCACACUGUAACACCUGGGACACUACAUUGCACCGGACAAAAGAAAGGAACAAAGACAUACCGCUGGAAAUAUAUACUGUGUGCAUCUCUGUGUGUGCUUCUCAUCUUGGCAGUGGCUGGCCUGUUGUUGUGGUACUUCUUAUACUCCCAGUGCUUACUGGGGAAGUCGUGUACAAGUGGUGGGAGAUGUUUGCAGCCCUCUCAGUGGUGUGAUGGUGUAAGAGACUGUUCUCACGGAGAGGAUGAAUCCCAGUGCUUUCGUCUCCAUGGAACCAACUUCAUGCUGGAAAGCUAUUCAUCUGACAGGCAGGCGUGGAUGCCGGUGUGUGCUGACAACUGGGACAACAACUAUGGAAGAGCUGUGUGUGAGCAGAUGGGGCACAGGAGGCAGGAUUAUCUUUCCUUCACCCAAAUCAGUGCAGGCUCUUUGGCCUCCAGGGGAUACAUGAAGCUGAAUCCUGGAAGUGACCAUGGAUCACAUAUACAGUCACAGCUCGCUUACAACCAAAGUUGCUCAGGCAGAGCAGUCCAACUUCGUUGUAUUGAAUGUGGGGUGAGCUCAGCAGCCUCCAGUGUUCGUAUUGUGGGUGGUACAGAGGCAGUAAAUGGGGCCUGGCCAUGGCAAGUUACUCUCCAGAUCCAUGGUCAACACAUAUGUGGAGGCUCCAUUAUCAGCUCUUACUGGAUCCUGUCUGCUGCACACUGCUUCCAGACAUACUCCAGUCCUGGUUUGUGGGUGGUACGCUCGGGUGACGUGAGCUUGUUUCAGAUGAGCUUUGGCACUGGCCAAACAGUUAACAAAAUUAUCAGCCAUCGAAAAUUUGACUCACAAACUAAUGACAACGACAUUGCUCUCUUAAAGCUUGAUGCACCUCUGACAUUUACAAGAACAGUGAGGCCGGUGUGUCUCCCCAACAUUGGCGUGGACCUUCUUGCUGGACAUCAAGCCUGGAUCACAGGAUGGGGAGCCUUGCACUCAUCUGGACCGUCCCCUGACAGACUGAAUCAGGCCCAAGUGACCAUUUACAGGAGAGAGACCUGUAACAGACCUCAAGUGUUAAAUGGAGAAGUCACUGAGACCAUGAUCUGUGCUGGGGAGCUACAGGGAGGAGUUGACUCAUGUCAGGGUGACAGUGGAGGGCCUCUGGUGGUUAAGGAGGGAGAUGUAUGGUGGCUGGCAGGGGACACCAGCUGGGGGAUUGGAUGUGCUUGGAGAAACAAGCCAGGAGUCUACGGGAAUGUAACCUACUUUAUCAACUGGGUAUAUGAACAAAUGCAGAAUGAGUGACACAGUGAGCCUGAAGAUAUACCUCUUUAAUCAGUCAGCAGUACUUUAUCACACACUUUGCACUUUAAAUCUGAAGCUCAGAGGAAACUUAUUGACCCAUUUGUAUUUAAACCAAAUCAAGCAUUUAUUUGAUGUACUAAAACACAUUUUGCACAAAGCUGAACCAAGUUUGACAUGUUGAGUUUUCAAGGGCGAUAGCACUUCCUGUAUUUUUUCCUUCUCCAGUCUAUCCUGGCACAAAUGGGAGGCCAUAACAAGGAGGUCCACUUGUCAUCUCCAUUUACUCCUCCUUUUGUGCAGUCAAAGAGAACCAACAGUCGCAGAGAAAAUCAGUGUCCGUUCUUUUCAUGGAUGUAUUAAGAAAACCCCGGAGUACGUUCUUUUGUACAGUGUUGUGAUUGGCUAGUAGUAAGGUUUCUGUGCUAUGAUUGGUUAAAACCUCCGUUUUGUAGUCUUCAGAUAUUUGCACUGAUUAUAUUAGUGUAUUUAGUGUUCUCUUAGAGUCUACUUGUUAUCAUAUAGUGCGUCUACAUAGUCAUGAAUAACCUGUUUAUGAUCAGGUUUCCGUGUAUCCAGUUUAUUUGUUUGAGCAUGUAAACCUGAAAUUCCAUUUAUGAGAAACCUGAAUAUGCUAAUUACAGAACUGAGAAACUAGGAUGUUUACAUGGAAUGUGAAACAACAUCCCGAAUAUGAUCAUAACCAGGAUAAGCCUAAUUAUUAACAGGUUAUUAAUGUCCAUGUAACUGCACUCCAUGUGAAAUCUCCCUCAGCAGAUGUGAAAUUGUCUGUCAGAUGAAGCUAACAGAGUGUUUGUGGACACUUUCUGCAGAAGUUAUGUCUAAAAUGCAUUUUAAGCAUGUACAUAAGACAUUAUAAUGCAUUUUUAAAGAUUUAUAAAACUCUUAAUAGAUGUUUAUUAUCAUGCAUGAAAACUUCUGACAAGGUUAAAAAAGUGGUGUAACUGGCUGACAAUGUGUGUGAUAAGUUCAGCAUUCUUAAUAUUUCAUACCGCUAUAUCAACAUGUGUGUUUAAAGGAAGAAUCUGAGUCCUGAGUUACACACAUUAUAACUAGCAUCACUUUAGCCAAUUAUAAAGACACACAGUGAACUGCUCUAACAUUUAAAGAUUCAAUUUUUUUUAUGUUAUAAACAAAAAAUAAUAUGAUAAAAUAUUAUAUAUGGACUUCUGAGUCGUUGCUGGAUGUAAGUAAAGGGUAAGACCAGUUUCGUAGUGUGAAAAAGUAAAAAUACUUUGGGUAGCAUUUAAUAAUACAGCCCGCGACUUACUGAGUAAUUACUUGGCACUUACAUGACACUUACAAGGUACUUUCAAGGAAAGAUAUUGAAAGUUAUCCCCUAAGUGCUCUGUAUGUACUAGGUACCUACGGGGUACUUUCAUUUCAUUUCAUUUUAUCAUUUUAUUUCGAACAUGUAAUGCGAAAUUACAACAAAUUCCAAGAAUACAAAAGACAAUGGUGGUUUUUUUCCCCUUCUUCUGAAAUAUACAUUAAUGAAGAAAUUAGUAAAAGUUAUUUCUACCUUUUUUUGAAUUCUUUUAUGUUUGGACAUUGUUUGAGCUCCAUAUCCAAACCGUUCCACAGUCUCAGCCCACAGACAGAAAUACAGAAACUCUUCCUUGUUGUACGAAAUUUUUGAGUUCUGAAAUUUAAAAAAAUCCCUUAAAUUAUAGGUCCCUUCUUUUCUUCUGAAUAUUUGUUGAAUAUUUCCUUCAGUUGAUGAUGUUUUGCUUUGUACAUUAUUUGUGCUAUUUGAUAAUUAACCAGAUCACUAAAUUUUAAUAUUUUUGACUGUAAGAAUAGUAAUAAAAGUUUGUGUGGUCCUGGUAUCCAGCCUUGUGAAUGAUACAGAUUCUCUUUUUUUGGAGAAUGAAUAGUGGCUGUAAUGUAGUUUUGUUAGUAUUUCCACAAACUUCUGCACAGUAGUUUAAAUAAGGUGAGAUCAAUGAACAGUACAGAAUGCGGAGUGAUUUAUGAUCAAGAUACUGUUUUGUUUUGUUUAAUACUGCAAUGCUUCUUGAAAUUUUGGAAUGGAUGUAUCUGAUGUGUGAUUUCCAGUUGAGUUUGUCGUCUACAGUAACACCAAGAAAUUUAUUUUCAGGUACUCGCUCUAUCGUAACCCCAUCUACUAUAAUAUGUGUAAUGUGUUUUAUGACUACCAAAUAACAUAUAUUUUGUUUUAUUCAAGUUCAGGGAUAAUUUAUUUAUGUCAAACCAUAGUUUUAUGUUACCCAUUUCUGAAUUGAUAUCUGCAAAAAGUUUAUCCACAGUAUUCCUUGAAUAAAAAAUGUUUGUAUCAUCUGCAAAUAAAACAAGCUUUAGUAUUGUUGAUACAUUACAUAAAUCAUUGAUAUACACGAAAAACUGUUUGGGUCCUAAUACUGACCCCUGGGGGGCUAUUGAAACGUUUUUCAAGGAUUUGGGAAAAUUGAGGUAGCAAUGAGACAGGUAUUUAAUUUGUGAAAUGGUGACUGUUGCCAGAU